GAGAAGGUGUUCUGGGAGGGACCCCCGCACCGGGGGGACCUGGCAAUAAACAUCGCGCUGGGCACCACGCUGCUGUGGCUGCCUCUCACAUUUGCGGCGCUCGGCCGUGGCAUCUUCGUCAACUACCGCUUCACCGACAGGCGGAUCACAGUCAGCACGUCCGCACCCUGGAAAACCGAGUCGCUGGAUGCGGCGUACCAGGAGGUGAAGGACGUGAAGACUGUCGGGCGGGGGCUGGGCUUCUGGGGAGACAUGGUGGUCACGCUGCGCAACGGCGACAAAAUCGAGCUCAGAUCUCUGCCCAAGUGA